AUUUAGUUGGCCAAGAAGUCUGUGGCGUCUGUGUUUGGAUUCAAAAGGUCUCUUAGAAAUCCCAUUGAAGACACUGGUGUUUCUCUUUCUAUCAACCAAUAUGUUGCCGCGAAGAAGCAAGCGAUUGAUCGAACAAUCCGAGAAGUUGCCGCGAAGAAGCAAACGAUUGCUCCAACAGCCUCCCUCUACCUUUGUGCUGCCGGGGAAGAAGAUUCGUGGUGGUAGUAUGGUGAAGAGCAGUGUGGGAAAUACAGGUUCUACACGUAUGGGCUGUUCAACUGAGAAAUCAGCUGAAACAUCAAGGAUACCUGCAGAGAAGCACAAGACUGCUAUUAACAAGAAAAAUGAGAAGAUGACUGUUUCUUCUACUGAACCAAGCAUCCCCACUGAAAUCAUUAUUGAGAUUCUGAGUUGGUUGCAGGUAAAAGUCCUAUUGAGGCUCAAGUGUGUGUGCAAGCAAUGGUAUGCUAUAAUUGAAGGUCGCCACUUCAUUGAAAAGCAUAUUAGCAGGACCAUCAUUGCUACUGAUCAAUAUAAUACGAUAGCUAAAACUCCAGCUCCCGCUUACUCAUUCCAAUUUAUGUGUGGUUGUGAUGGCUUGCUACUCAAGAUGAACAAUGGCUCUCUUAAAUAUUUUAUUGAGAAUCCAACCACCCGCCAAAUACUUGAAUUGCCUGAUCCACAUCAGGGUAGCAUUGACAUCUCCUUGUCUUUCAUUCCAUCUACGGGUGAUUAUAAAUUGGUCUCUAUCUAUGAUAUUGAUGGGAAAAAAGCUGGCAAUGAAGGUUGUGAAGUUCUUACGGUUGGAACUGAUGAUUCUUGGAGACCCCUCAAACUCCCUAACCUAGAUGAUAUUAACAAAAACAGAGAUAGAGCUUCAGUAAUUGUAUCAAUUGGUUCUACUGUUCACUGCUUUCGGUUAUUUAAUGUUGGAUCAAAUAUAUAUCAAGAUGUGGUAUCUCUAGAUGUAGAGACCGAGUGCUUCACAGUUACUGCUUUGUCACAAGAUUUGGUCCCUGAUCAGAAAAAGGUUGAGGCUUUAAGCUGGAAUGGAAAACUAUCAUUUGUUAAUAGAGUGCAGGAGGUUCUGCAUGUCUUGGUCUUGGAAGAUCACAAAAGGUGGAAAUGGGGUGAAGAGUUUGUCAUCUCCCUGGUAUUCCUAAAGGAAAAUCAAGAUAUGAUGGUUGAUCUUGUUCCUCUGUUUGCUAAGAAUGGUGAUUUGUGGUUUAGGUGGAAAGAGGAAAAAUAUUUUGCUUAUAACAUGGAGAGUGGGACAAUCAACCACACAAUAGUUGCUGCUCAAGGACAUAAAAUUACAAAAAAAUUGUAUCGCUCCCCACCCAGCCUGGUAACUUUGAAAGGAAUGCGACAAAAAGCACAAACCCAAAUGAACCAGCCAAGUUAGGAGCAGGUUUGAUACUUCAUUUGUGCUACAUUCUCUGUUCUUUUUCUUUGCUAAAGAAGAAUUUUAGGGGUAAUAUAAGCUUUUGGUCAUUGUGUUUUAGCAUAUCAGUACUUCUUACCAAUAUUAAACUUCCUUUUAUUUUAGUAUUAUAUAUAAUAAACAACGUUUCCAUGAUAGUGCCAUAGUGGAACGUACGUUUAUGAAUAUCAGCCUUUUAUUUUUAUUGGUGCUUGAACUUCAUGA